AUGGACUCGACCACUCUCGUUACUUUUCUCUAUAGGUCAAGACCGGAUGUUCGUACAGUAGAGCUCUUUGGCUCUUGGGACAACUUCUCGAGACCGUAUCGCAUGCAAAGCGAUGGACUCAGAGGUCGUGGUGUCUGGACUGGAUGUCACUCAUUCGAGAACAUCAUCUGCGAUGGCGAUCGCAUCAAUCAGCUCAGGCCCAGAAACGGUGCCUUGAGACAAGGUGGAACAUACUGGUACUACUACAAGCUCGACGAUGCCGAAGAGGCUUACGACUCUGCCGCCAUGACUACAUGUGCUUGCCCGUUAUUGCCUGGUCAGAUGGUCAACGUACUGGAGAUCCCAAUCGAAGUCAUCGAAGCUCCUCAAAGAGUCUGCAGCGCCUCGGCCAACUUACCGACUACUAUGGAGUUCUCCAUGACCAUCAACCCCGAAGACAGAUACAAGAAGAUCUACAGCAAGCCGCCUACCAAGCUUCCUCGCUACUACUGUUCUAGUGACGCACUUCGCGAGAAGUUUGCUGCGGAUGCGAGCAUGUCGAGAGAUCUCAGAUACAGGGACCGACCUUCUUCUCGCGGUGUCAGAUCUAUCAAGCGCGUUCGCCGUGAGGAACCAGAAUAUCAGAGGCCGGGUGCUUGUCAGAUUGAUGUUUCUUGGGACGAUAUUUCAGCGGUUGCCAACAUACCCAACCUGGAUCAGACCAUGAACGAACUACCAGAGCUGCGACCCUUUGCUCCUUGCCCUAGUGCUUCACUUGAAGAGAGACCGGUGACUAGAGGUCAAGGAGGACUGUUCACUGAUCUAACUAAGGGUCUUGGAUUCUCCUUCUUUGGCUCGCUACGUCAACCGAAGAAGAACACACACCGUCUCAGCCAAGAGUUCACAAUGGAGUUCGAUGACUCACCACAACAGGUCCCUCAAUACGAUGGGGCUCAAGACGAACCUCUGUCUACACAAUGGCCUCUGAGCCCUCCCCUUUCUGAACUGGCAGACGAAGAAAACUGGCCUCUACCACCUUUGAACUGCUUCCGACCUGCUUCUUCUCAUACACCACUUCAUGGCCCGUCUACGCCUACCUCUGCAAUCCCAAUUCUCAAUCUCAACAGCCAGUCUCAGUCUCGAAACAACACAUAUCACCAGCCUAUCUCAUCACCAGCGCUUUCUUCCUCAACCACAUCGGACGACUUCCACCCUGGUUUCGGACCCAGCAAAAGCAUACCCGGAAGCUUCGACAUGGCUUCUCCGACUUUUACUGCCGACACCCUCGACUCAUCAUUCUCCUCCAACCUUACAACACCCGAUCGCCUCAGCUUCAAUCUCGACACCUCGAACCACCAACACCAGACCUCCGAUAUCAACUCCACAAGAUUCCACACCAGUCUCGAAGACUUGAGCCACCGUCUCUCCGCUCUAUACACCGAUCCUCCGUCUUCUUCCCACUCGAGCUCCAGCGAUCAGGACUUGUCAUCACAACGCAAGCAAACGACAGACUUCCUGUCUUUCUUCCCCCAGCGCGCACAACCGCUAUACCUCCAGAACGUACAGGCUCGUCGCAGUAGAAGUAGUGGCGACUACGAACAAAAGUCUAACAGCAGUUGCUUAACCUUGAAACCGGUCAAGAGUGGCGCUGCUGCUAGAGGAGGCGCAGACAGACCGUUUUCUUUGUGUUUGCCUGUGGGGGCUGGGGAGUGGGAUGGUGAGGACAGUGGAUUCAGCAGUGAUGUUUUGGGGGCUUUGGGUAUGGUUUGA